UUCCUUCAGUGGGUGGUGACGGAAUGAUCCCUUAACAGAUGUUUCUGCGGGGCCAAUUUACAACACGCAGCUGAGCAAGAAGGAGAGGUACUAUUUGAAUAGUUAUCAAUCUAUUGAGUUUCUAAAUUGUAUUUUCAAGUGUUUAUUCAAUUCAAUGGGUCUAUAACAUAAGUAUUUUUAAAUUGGGCCUAUAGUCUGACCUCUUUAUUUAUGACCUGUUUAUUUCUAAGAUGUCAUGUAUUUUAUUUGUAUUACAUUUGAUUAGGCCUACAAUCUCAAAUAACCGCCUGUAGGUCCUGCUCGUAAGGGAGUGCAAUGAGAGUCUGCAAACUAUACCAGACUCUUUUUAUUCUGGGAUUGAGCUGUUUUCAGGUGAGUCAGACGUUUUAACGUGGAAUUCAAAUCUUAAAUCAUGUUUAACAAUGCAAUGGAAAAGUCAAUUUAUUUAAUUUCCCUUCUUACUUGAAUCCCUUUUCUAGGCAUAUGGAGGAGGUAAAUUGAUUUGUGUUAUCACAUAGGCACACGUAAUGAACUUUUAACUAUAAUACAUACAUUCAUAAACCCGAUGAGUCCUAAUCUGGGUCCUGUUCCAGAUAAUUCCACGCUAGUGUAUUACGCGGUGCUCACCAUCGAGCCGAGCGCCCUCCCCAACAUCACGGACAAGCUCAGCUCUAUCGUGCUGGACGGAACGCAUAACGUGGUAGUCAGCGACUUAGUGGUCACUAAAAGUUGAGUGACCUCUUUUUUUGUAGCAUCACCAGCAAAGCCUUUUCAUGUGUUUUUCUGUGUGUUUUUAUUAAUCAAAGCUGACAAAUGAAUACAACUUUUAUUUAAAUAUUUUUAAGAAUGUGACGCGGCGGCUCUGUGCUCCUGUCUGGCCGGGCACGUAUGGAGCAAUGAGGUUUGUGAGAAGAAGAGCGAUUGUUGUAACCCCACCAUCGAGUGUAGCCUUCCGAAAGAUGUCGAUCCAAUUUGCCAUCCGACGACCAGAGUCACUAUUUAUGGGUCGAUUUUUCUGAACGAUGAGAUAUAUUACCACUCCCUGGAAGACCCGAAUACUCUGAAGUUCAAAGAACUUGCUAAAAAGCUCAUAGAUAAGAUGAAACCAGUUUACAACACCCUGCUGCGAUUCGAUGGCAUACAGGUCACCGGGUUCAGGCUAGGUGUGUAUGCAUCCUUUGAGGUAUAUGUCAACACCCAAAUGAAUACAAAGACCUUGGGGCAGAAAACCGCGGAAGCAGCGAAAGCAUUGGACAACAACACCAUUGAAGUGGAAACUGAAGGCCUUCUGGACAUAAGCGGCCCCCCGCAGCCGGUGAAGCUGAACAGCAUGGUCGACAUCGUCUGCAAUUCGUCCCAAAACGAUAUAGCGGUCAAAGAGUGGAAACAGGCCACACUGAGAGAUCCGUUGGUGAUCUCUCAGAUCACAGACGGAACAGAGUCCAUUGUGAACUCACAAGGGCGCGGGACCACCAAACUCACACUCCAAAAAACAUCUGGAAUUUGGGCAGGCCUGAUCAAUUGUACCUUCAGGCCAGAAUUGGAUACCGGUGUGAAGAUACUUCACAGAGCCAGUUUCAAACUGGACGUCGCACUUCUGCCUCAAAUCGCCAUCUUCAGCGACCCCCAGUUCCCCCAAUGUAAAAAUGGCUCCACAAGGGUGUCGGUGAGUGUGAAAUGUGAGAUAAAGAACAGCACCGAACCCUAUGCAGUAGAUUGGACCGUAGUGGGGAAUUCUUCUGCUUUGGUGGCUGGACAAAACGUUGGGCAAGAUCCCAGGUCCUACGUCGCCCAAACUGCCUUUUCGUGUUUACCAAAGGACGCGAAGAACCCGGCAAACAUGACAUGUGUGUUCAGCAAUAGGAUGAACCAAACACGAAAGGCCUCGAUUGAAAUCAACAUCAUAAGCGUAAAUGGUAAGCAUUGUAAGGCGGACGAGGAUUGGCCAGUCACGAAGGCCGGCUUCACUGCCAAGCUGCGUUGUGAGGGAGUUAGAGAGGGGUUUAGAUUGCGGAAAUGUGACAACAACAGAAUUUGGGGGAAGGAGGAGUCAGAGUGCGUAAACCGCGACCUCUUCAGCAUUGCAGAACGCACCCAAGUGAUUGACAAAGGUCUCGGAGUUGUUUACCAGAAUGCCGCAGAGCUGUUUUCUCGCCUUACAAAUGCUACUAACAACACGAGGAGCAUCAGCAGUGUUUCUAAUCUAAAUACUUCCAUCAACAUCCUCAACAACAUGCAAAACUUAAACACCUCGUUCAAUGAAUCCACAUUAGAGGAAAUCGUGAAGUCGUCCAGCAACAUCCUGAACGUUCCUUCGAAUGAAGUUUGGAGGUCAAAUGUCACGCAUAACGACCAGUCGAUGGCUGAAUUGUACUUGGAGUCUGUUAAGCAAUUGAUCAGCCAGACCAACAUAUCAACGGAACAUGCCAGUGAGGCGUCAAAUGUACAGAUAAAGGCUUGCAAGUUGGCGCGCUGUACGAACACUCUCUUCGGCGUCAACGUUUCCGUCGACGGGCAACAAGGCGUUGUGAAAACGGCGGGUUUUAAAAAUCUUGUCAACUACUUGCCGCCCAUACAGAAGGACACCAAGCCCAACAGCAUCGUGGUGACGAUAAGUGACGGCAAUAAAGAGCGACGGUUCAAUCACGACCCCAGCAGUGAAGUCUUGAUCCAGUUCACGCUGAUCGCCCCGCGAAAACGCAACCAUGAAAUGAAGUGCGCCGCCAUGGACAGAAAUGGGAAGUGGUCGUUUGACCUUUGUGUCUGGGGCGGUUCGAGAAACGAAGGCAGCUGUGAGUGCCAAUUCUCCUCCUCGUUUACCCUCCUCUUGUCAAGAAAAGCUGUCAUUCUGCCGGCGCUGCGCGAGAUCACCUGCGUAGGUCUAGCCAUUUCCAUCGCCUCUCUGGUCUCGUUCCUGAUGAUCGAGUGCCUGGUCUGGAAGACCGUGACGAAGUCCGUUGGCUUGUACUUGCGCCACAUCACGCUAGUGAACAUCUCUGUGUCCCUCCUGAUCGGAAACUGCAGUCUCUUUGCAUCCGCAUUCCCGGGGGUCGUUUCCGGCCUCUGGUGUCAGAUCUGCGUGGUCUUGAAGCACUUCUUCUUCCUUGCGCAGUUCUGCUGGAUGUUCUGCCUCAGCUGCCUUCUGCUCUACCAGACCAUGGUUGUGUGGUCGGAUCUGAGCAAAGGUUGGUCCCAGGGCGUGUGCUACUCAGUGGGCUAUGGCGCCCCGUUUCUCAUCGUGACCUUCACGUUUGUGUCCAACGACGGCGGAGCAGAGGGGAAGUACUACGACGCCCAUAGCUGUUGGCUGACACACCACAGCAUGCUCAAGGGCUCCUUCUAUUCCUUCAUCAUACCGGUGGGCAUCAUCGUCUUCGUCAACAUUUUAAGCAUGGCCUUAGUGAUUGUCAAGCUGUUGAACCCCGUCAAGGGAUUAGGACCAGGAAGACGUAAAAGCCGCAGCGGUGGCCAAGCCGCCAUACGCAUUCUCAGGUCCAUCAUCAUCCUGACCCCUGUCUUCGGAGUGACCUGGCUCUUCGGUUUUGCUAGUUUAGUCCUUGACCUGGCCGAUGGCCUGGCAGCGUCCGCUGUCUUCUACAUCUUCAGUGUCUGUAAUUCUUUCCAGGGACUGUUCAUCCUGUUGACCGUCAGUGUGGGAGAGAAAAUGGUUCGAGACGCACUGAGGAAAAAUGUUUUCGCAACUCGACGGCCAUCGUCCACUAAGGAGACCUCCAUGACCAUGCAGUCUUCGAUGGAAGACUGACUCCUGAGACACCAGCCUGUCCCGUUUAGUGGAGGGAAACGCAUUUCAUCUUCAGCAGGGAAAUGUAAUUAUUUUUGGCCUAAUGUUGUAGGCUACAACUUUAGAGCAUGGGAUGUAUAACGAUCUUACUGUGGAUGUGUGAUGUCAAGGGUUUUUAUUAUUUAUUAGGGUGGCAAGCACAGAUUGCGAAGCUAACCUAUCGUAAUUGUUAGUUUUACUAUUAUUAGGUGAGUGCUGCAAGCAGUGCUCAACUAUUAUUUUUCAUAAGUUGUAUUCAUUCUUUCUUUCUCGACAAACUUUGGGACUUAUCUCCUUCCUCAUUUUUCCCCUAGACUCCAUUCAAAUUUAAAAAUAUUCAGAAUAGCUUGGAAUCGCGAGGUUCUUUUCAGUUUUUUUUUAUAUUUUAUACUUUUUAAGAUAUUCCACUUUUAAAAUAUUAUAUAUUUUUUAACAUGGGAGUCAAUGAUUUAAGACGUAACUAAAUCAAUUUUCAACCGUUUAUCUUCGUUCAAACCAUUU